GAAAUGUGUCAUCUGUGGUUUGGUUUUAAAAGUGGAAAGCUAGCUGAACAUAUCCUUUUCUCACUGCAGAUUAAGGAUUUAUAUUCUUCAAGUCCAUUCUGUUUUAAACGAGAAAAGAAGAAGAGAAGUCGUUUGCUAAAAUUACGUUUUAAUCAGACUUUGACCAAGCACUUUGUAAGAUUACCAAUAUACUCAUGGACAUGGGCCACACGGGAGCACAUUACCUGCAUCUUGCCUUCCUAAUGACAACAGUGUGCUCUUUGCUUCCUGGUACAAAAACAAACCACACCCAUGUUUGGGCUAAUGCUACUGUCUGGGAUUCUGUUACUCCAAACAGGGACAGAAACCACCAUGAAAACAUCAGCACAAGCCCUGUAACACCUGAAGAAAAUUACAAAGAAAAUUCUACAAAUAUACCUGCACCAGCAACAUCAUCUCACAAUGCAUCUUUUACCCCUAAAUCUGAACCGAAGCUCUAUGUCACUAUUGUCAGGACCAAGCCAACAACACAGAGCACUGAAAACACAAGCAAAAAUCACAGCGAAAUUGUCAAAAAGGAUGUCUGUGAGGAAAACAACAACAUGGCUGUGUUGAUUUGCUUAAUUAUAAUUGCAGUGCUUUUUCUUAUCUGUACCCUUCUAUUUCUGUCAACUGUGGUUCUGGCAAACAAAGUCUCAUCUCUUAGACGAUCAAAACAAGCAGGCAAGCGUCAGCCUAGAAGCAAUGGUGAUUUUCUGGCAAGCAGUGGCCUAUGGCCUGCUGAUUCAGACACUUGGAAAAGAGCAAAACAGGUCGCAGGGCCCAACCUAAUGAUGCAAUCUACUGGAAUGCUCGCAGCUACAAUGGAAAGGAAAGAUGAAGGGACUGAAAAACUUACUAACAGAUGUUUCAGUGAUGAAAGACAUAGCUUAGCAAUGAAAAGGGCUAUGGAGCAAAAAUGAAAGUAAUUUGGCAUUUAAAGCUGCUGGUCUAUGAUCUUACAUUGGACACAGAAUUUAGCUUCAGAUAGGUAUAAAAAAGGAGACCUGUAUCUGCUUAUUUAAUUUCUCCAACUGUGUAUUUCUGUUUAACACUGAAUAUUUUAAAAAGCAAAACAAGCAAGGAUUUGUGGGGCAGAUUUUAAAAGAUUUUAUAAGAAAAUAAAAAUAGCAAAAGGGUAACAACAUGAAUAUUCCCUAUUCAACAAUGGUACUUAAGUGAUCAUUAUCUGAAAAGAAUCAGAGCUUUAGCAUAUCCUUAGAGCCAAGCUUAUGCUUCAAUAUUUAACAGAAAUUACAUUUCUACCGCACAGCUAUACACUGUAAUGGUACCUCUUGGUUGCACAUGGCAGAAUGCAUACCAGUUCAUCUAUCAACACAGCUAUUCUCAGGCAACAUGCUUUCAUCUUUACAUUUGGUACACAUUUAUUUUUCACUACAGGUACUAAAUAUUAAUAGUUUAAUUUUGUACAAUAAAUUAAAACUCAGAUUGAAACUGUGACCAUGUAUAUCUGCAUCUGCUUUACUAUCUCAGAAAGAUGUUAUAAAGACCAGGGAGAAAUGAAGUACAACUGAAACAGCACUCACUCCUGCCAGCGCCGAAA